AAAUAAACCCGAUUCACGAUUAUACCCUUACCCUCUUUGUAAACCCUGGUAGGCGGUAGCAAAGCAAUCAGCCCCAGCCUCCUCUUCACUUGUUCCGCGCCAACACUCCCGAGUCUUGUAAUUCCUGCCUUAAGCAUUCACUUAAUCACCGCAAAUCCACGAUAUGAAUAUGGAAGACGACAAAGAGGUGAGCUCGUUUAAGGAGCUUGGAGUAUGUGAGCAAUUGCUCGAGGCUUGCGAUAAUCUCGGGUGGAAAACUCCGUCCAAGAUACAGGCUUUAGUACUUCCUCAUGCUUUUGAAGGGAAGGACCUGAUUGGGCUUGCCCAAACUGGGUCUGGUAAGACUGGAGCUUUUGCAAUUCCCAUCCUUCAAUCACUUCUAGAAAAUCCUCAAGCCUUCUAUGCCUGUGUGCUUUCACCAACCAGGGAACUUGCAAUCCAGAUUGCUGAGCAGUUUGAAGCAUUGGGAUCCGGUAUUGGUGUAAAGUGCACUGUGCUUGUUGGAGGGGUGGAUCAAGUGCAACAGAGCAUUUCCCUCGGAAAGCGGCCACACAUUAUUGUUGCAACUCCUGGACGCCUUGUAGAUCACCUGUCCAAUACGAAAGGGUUCUCACUUCGUACAUUAAAAUACCUGGUGUUAGAUGAGGCAGACAGGUUACUUAAUGAGGAUUUUGAAAAAGUGCUAGAUGAUAUUUUGAGUGCUAUACCUCGGGAGCGAAAGACAUACUUGUACUCUGCUACCAUGACAAAAAAGGUUCAGAAGCUCCAAAGGGCCUGUCUGAGGAAUCCAGUAAAGAUUGAAGCUGCAUCCAAGUAUUCCACUGUUGAUACACUGAAGCAGCAGUAUCGGUUUGUUCCUGCCAAGUACAAGGACUGCUAUCUUAUCUACAUUCUGACUGAGAUGUCUGGGUCUACGUCGAUGGUUUUUACUCGGACAUGCGAAGCAACACGAUUCUUGGCUUUAGUUUUACGGAAUCUUGGUUUUAGAGCAAUUCCAAUUAGUGGGCAAAUGACUCAGGCAAAAAGACUUGGAUCCUUAAACAAGUUCAAGGCUGGGGAGUGUAAUAUUCUCAUCUGCACUGAUGUUGCCAGCAGAGGACUUGAUAUCCCUUCCGUGGAUAUGGUUAUUAACUAUGAUAUCCCGACAAACUCUAAGGAUUAUAUACAUCGAGUGGGAAGAACUGCUCGUGCUGGACGAUCUGGUGUUGCAAUCUCGUUAGUGAAUCAGUAUGAGUUGGAAUGGUAUUUACAGAUAGAAAAGCUUAUAGGCAAGAAAUUACCCGAAUUUGAAGCUCAAGAGGAAGAAGUCCUUUUACUGUCGGAGCGUGUUUCUGAAGCCAAAAGAAUAUCCAUAAUGAAAAUUAAGGAGGAAGGAGGGAACAAAAGAAGACGAGGCGGAGACGACGAUGAAGAGGAGAUACAAAAAUUUGUGGGUUCGAACAAGAAUGGGAAGUUCUCGAAAAAGACGAAGAGAAAGUAGUGAAGAAAGACCAUGAGAAAGUAGUGCAAGUUCCAUGUAAACAAUUUUGCUUGAUCUUGAACGUAGAAUUACUGUAGUAUCUAAUAUCUUUUAAAUGGAUUACCAGAGCAAAACAUGAAAAACCUUCUAUUGAGCUUUUUUUCAGUA